UACAAAACCUCUCAACCAUUCUCCUUUUCAUCCAACUAAAUUUUCUCUUCAUCUCCUUUCUCUUCAUUCUAUUUGCAUUUGCUUUUUCUCCUCAAUUUUCGGUUUUUUUUUUUGUUUUUUUGAAAGAAUUCGAAGAUUAAACGAGUAACUAAGAGAAAGCCAAUUGCGUACAAAGUUUACAACCUCAAAUGUUAGAUUCAACUUGUCGCCAUAAUACUAUAUUACUACCUCAUAAUAUUAAGUUUCGUAACAUGCAUAUAGUUCACUCCGUGCCCAACAUGUCGUCAACUGCCGUGACGGACGACGAAUUCGACGUCGGUCACAGCAGUCUCUCAGGCUAUGACCCAAAUCGCCUUAGUGGUGAUGGGUCCCCUACAAUGUUGUCUCCAUGGAACCAAAGUUGUUCACCUUGCACUAAAUCUCCUUGGCACAAAUUUGACGAUGAUGUUCCAAAGAACUUCCCACAAAAUGGGCUCAUUGGGUCUCUCGUUCGUGAAGAAGGGCAUAUUUAUUCCUUAGCUGCGAAGAAUGAUAUUCUUUAUACUGGUUCGGAUAGCAAGAACAUACGUGUUUGGAAGGAUCUGAAGGAAUUUUCUGCAUUUAAAUCAAAUAGCGGUCUUGUUAAAGCUAUCAUUAUUGCUGGAGAGAAGAUUUUUACAGGUCAUCAAGAUGGAAAAGUGCGAGUUUGGAAGGUACAAUCGAAGAAUCCUAACAACCAUAAACGUGCUGGGAGUUUACCGACACUUCUUGAGAUUUUCAAGGCUUCCGUCAAGCCCAGCAACUAUGUGGAGGUAAAGCGCAAUCGCACAGCCCUUUGGAUCAAGCAUUGCGACGCAAUAUCAUGCUUAAGCAUGGACCAUAGCCAAGGCCUUCUCUACUCAGCUUCAUGGGAUAGAACUUUUAAAGUAUGGAGAGUUGAUAACUCCAAAUGCUUAGAAUCCGUUAAAGCUCAUGACGAUGCCGUCAACUCUGUUGUAGCCAGUGUAGAUGGAAUCGUCUACACCGGUUCAGCUGACGGAACCGUCAAAGUUUGGAAAAGAGAAUCCAAGGGAAAACACGUAAAUCACGUCUUUGUACAAACACUACUUAACCAAGAAUGUGCCGUUACGGCUCUAGCGGUUAAUAAAUCCGGUUCAGUGGUUUAUUGCGGUUCAUCAGAUGGUGUUUUAAAUUUUUGGGAACGUGAGAAAAAAAAUUUGACACAUGGUGGGGUCCUUAAAGGGCAUAAAUUAGCAGUUCUUUGCCUUGCUGUUGCUGGAAAUUUGGUUUUUAGUGGUUCAGCUGAUAAAAAUAUUAUUGUUUGGAAAAGGGACGGUCCGGUUCAUAUGUGUUUGAGUAUAUUAACUGGCCAUAAUGGACCGGUUAAAUGUUUAGCGGUCCAGGAAGAUAAAGAGUCAAGUGGAAGUGAGAAAAAAUGGGUGGUUUAUAGUGGAAGUCUUGAUAAAUCAGUGAAAGUUUGGAGUGUUUCAGAAAUGUCACCUAAUUUGCAUCAAAUGAGUAUGCAAAAUGGCCAAGAAAAUGUUAGUUGGGAUUCAAUUCCAUCUGCUAAAUAUUCAUCAGACGGUCCAAGUGUAUGACACGUAUAACAUUGCUAACAGAGAUGAGACGUUAAUUAAGAGAUUAUGGUGUAAGUGUUGCAAUUGAUCUAGUGUGUAAAUUUUCUUCUAGCACGAUUAUUAUGUAAAUCAGGGCAAGGAAUGUGUAUGAAUAACUUGCUUCUUAUAAUUUCUUAGUUACCUAUACAACUUUCCUAUGAUAGCAUGUAAAAAUAUUUAGUUUACAGAGUUUUCUUCAUCUUGUAGUGCAUCUGUUUUCUUCUUUCACUUUAGUUAUUCUGCAUUCGAAAUU